UCAGAUUCCGAUGCUAGGAGGGAUGAAUUUAAUCGUUAUAUUGAUUUUGUUUGAUGACUGAAAAUACAAAAAUUAAGUAACAUUCCUUACAUAUACCAUAUUGAGGCCAAUUACGUUCUCCUGUGGCUAAAUAUGGCGAGAUGUGUGCGUUGCGUCCAGUCGUCCCCCCACUAGUUUCCCCUACGUGACUGCUACUUGUGUAAGCUCUCUGUUGUGUGUAUGACAUUCAGACACCAGUAACACUUUCACGGCGGAGAAGCGGUCUGUCUACAAGUCGCAAAAAGAAAAAAAAGAGGGUUAAAAUGCUGUCGUCCGUCGUUGCGAAAAGACUGGUGACAGGGGUGUGCCAGGCUGCACGGAGACCAGCAGUCGCAGGGCUGGUAUCCUCCCGUGGUUACCGCGGAGACGCGCCAGAUGACACCAGGGGCGACCUGAUUGAGAUCCCUCUGCCGCCUUGGGAGGAGAAGCCAGGCGAGCCCACUGACAUUAAGAGACGCCGACUUCUCUAUGAGAGUCGCAAGAGGGGCAUGUUGGAGAACUGCAUAUUGCUCAGCCUUUUUGCAAAGCGAUACCUGAACACCAUGAGCGAGAACCAGCUGCAGCAGUACGACAGACUGAUAAAUGAACCAAGCAAUGACUGGGACAUCUACUACUGGGCAACAGAGGCUCAGCCGACCCCCGAUGUUUACCAAGGAGAGGUCAUGGAUAUGCUAAAGGAGUUCACAAAGAACCGCAACCAUGAACAGAGGUUGGAUGCUCCCAGCUUGGAGUACCUGGAUAAGGAAAGCCAAUGAGGUCCAUGGCCCUCUGGACCCUCGCAAAGACUCAUUUAAGGUGGGGCACUGAGUCAGUAAUCAGUGUCACAUCGCUCCAGAAAAAUCACCUGGAAGUCCGUAGUGUUUUUCUAGCCACACACAGCAAAAUGUACAAAAUAUUGUGGAGUGCAAAAUAUUUUGAACAGUUUACUGUAUGGUACUAUCCACCUGAAAAACUGUAGCCAUAGCAGUUGGUCAUUAUAGGGAGAAGACGAUUCGUGGAAGAUUCAAGGGAAGUUUUUGGAUCGGACAAAGACUGUGUUAUGAAUAUUUUGCAUUAAUUGUAUUGUAAUUUUGUGAUUUAAGACUGUAAAUUAAAACUGCUCAAUGUGUGA